AUGGAAAUUACUAAAUAUACAAAUAAUGCAGGAUUCAGUAAUAAUAAGGUUGACCAAACAAUAGCAUUUGCAAACAAAGUACUAGAGAUACAACAUCGUCGAAGAUUUGUUUAUGCGAUCUUGACAGACUAUUAUAAUAUACAAUUCUUUAAGGUGAAACGCCAGAAAGAGAAUAAUUUGCAUUUUAUUUAUACUUAUACCACAAGUGAAUCCCUUUAUUUUGAGAUUGAAGAACCUCCUCUUUGGCAACGGUUAGUCUCGUUUCUUUGCCAAAUACCUUCAGAAUUGGGAUGGCUUGAAUCAGAAUUAAAAAUUGAUGACGUUUGA